CAUAAAUGGCCGCCAAGACAGACUGAUUUUCUUAAUCCUCAUGGAGGCAACCGAUCUAUGAAAACAAGAAAACAGGUGCCAUUUCUUUUAGCAGCAAAGAAAGGGAGAUGGAAGACAAUCCAGUGCAGAGCUCCAAUAGAUGGCUUGAAGAUCUCUCAAAUGGUUUAGGCCACCAACUGGAGGCAAUUACUCUUGAAGGUCUCAAAAUAGUGAAGGCACACAAGGGUUUCAUACUCUGUAAUUUUGUCGUUUCAAACCGCAUAUCAGAUGCAGAUGGGAAUUGGCAUGUUGGAUCCAUGGCAACGUUGAUUGAUGAUGUGGGUGCAGCUGCUAUUUACUCCUAUGGUGGCCAUGUCAAAGCAUCUGUUGACCUCAACAUCUCCUUUUUAUCCACGGCUAAAAUUCAAGAAGAAGUUGAAGUAGAGGCAAAGGUUGUGGGGGACAAGGGAAGGAUAACAUCAGUGCUCGUAGAGGUUAGAAGGAAAAGUAACGGGGAACUUAUUGCUCUGGGAAAGCAAUGGAUGGCCUCACAUAAUAAUUCAAAUAAAGCCAGUAAGCUUUGAGUUUAUACCAUUUACGUUCGAUAUGCAACAGAGGUUAGCUUAGGUGGGGAGAAACCAGUGUUUGUAUCGAGCCUUUUUGCAAUAAUUGGCAUGAAUUUCACAAAGUCUAUUCAUGAAGUUUCAGCUCAUUAAAGUUUCCAA